GGUGCCGGCUCCGCUGCAACGUCCGAUUUUCUGUCAGAGUAAGCAGACCAGCAUAAAUGCGUGCAGUGGACCAUGUGGCGGUAUUCACUUACUACAGCUUAUUAAGUUUGCCAGUCUGUUUUUCAGGUGAUACGUGCAUAAAUGGAAAAACUGCAGAACUUUCAUUUAUUGUAUGCUUCAUGUUUUAAUCCAUUUUAUAUGAUUUCAGGAGAUGUACAUGAGCCGCAGCAGCCAGAGCCCAUUUACUGCACUAUGGAAGACAUCUGUUUCCUACCUGAGCCAGUCACAGUACCAGUUAAUUUGGACAACCAUCUGAUUACAGAUAAUACUGGAUCGAUUAAAUACGAGGAAUUGAAGAAUGACUUGAAGCAUUACAUCCGAACGACAAUGGAGGAAGUGGUUCAAAAAUGCUUCCAUGAGCAUUUUUCCCGACUAACGGCAUUGUCCCAGAUGAACACGAAGACUACCACCACGCCUGUUUCGAAUUCAGAAGACGAUCCGGUGGAAAACCAUAAUCGAAUUGAGAACGAGGUCCAACUUCAUGAUUGGAAUGUGAAGCUGGCAAAUGAAGAACUUUGCGCAAAAUAUCUUGUCUAUUUCACGCGAAUAAUCCCACCCAACUCCUACGCCACCAAUGGGGACAACGCAUGCUACACGAUUGUUGAUUGCCUGUUCACCAGAGACUUUUGGACUCGUUUUACCUGGACAGGAAUUAGUCGGGGACAGAAGUCGAAACGAGGAUUCAGGGAAUUUGGUAACGUUUUGAAGUUGCUGGAGGACCUGGUGCGUAUCGGUGAUCCUACAUAUAGCGCAAAGAAGUUAGAGGACUUCUGUAGGACGCGGCUGUUCCGGUACAGUAGGUCUCGGAGCUCAAACAAGCAACUGCGCAAAUCUGCAUGCCGCCCAGCACGCAAGCGUAAGGCAGAUAAGGUUGCCGAUGAUCAGAUGCUCUGCGAAGUUAAAAACGAAGAACCCAUCGAGCUAGUUGAUGAUGCUCAAAUCGACAGUGAUGAAGAAUUCGAACAAGACGAUCAGGACGAGCCAAUCGAUGAGGCAGAUGAGGCUGACGAAGAACCUGAUGAUGACGAUGAGUAUACUGCGAGUGGUGGACUAUCUGAUUAACAAACGUUUAACAGCAUCUGUGUACUGGUUUACAUAUAUUUGAGUAUAAAUACAAAACUGAAUUCGAGAGCAAAUACAUUUAAGCAUUUAUUAAAGUUCACACAACAGAAACAAAUCUUGAAACUUAUUAAAUAAUGGUAUGCAUAAGUGGAACAAAUACCACACCUUCCUUUCUUGGAUUAGCUACCAACUUACAAAAUAUGAAAUCAAUAUCAAACAUUUUUUUCCCUGAGAAUUCUGGUUCAGCAAUGAAUACUUGUAAGUAGGAUGAUUUGAAUGGCUUCUCAAAAAAGUUACUUUUCGUUUUCACUAUCUGUCCCUCGACAAAAUACUUUGAAUCUGUUUUAACAGC